AUGCUUGAUAUUCCCAAUAUAACACCGAAGGCAGCAGGAGAGGCUUCGUCGCACAGCGUCAACCCCGAGACCCCCAGGACCAGCAUAUCUGCAUCACGGUCAAAUGCUUGUCGUGAAGCUUCGAAUCAUUGCCUCUUGAACGACGAUGCCGACGACGAACUCCCUUCUUCACCUGCCACCUCGGACUUGGUCUCGGAUUUAGACGCCCGUUCGUUCGUGAUGGUAGCUCGGGGUUCGAGGAGAGACUUUAGUCAGCUAUCAAGAACGCUGAAGGAGAGGAUUAGGGUGCUGAAGCAUCUGCAGGAGUUCUACAAGCUCAAGGCUACGUAUGAAGAAAGCUUUGCUCGGAACAUGAACAAACUGGCAAAUGUACGGUUCGGGCAUACGGAAUCGGGACAAUUGGGUGUCUGUCUGGAUACCCUCCUGCAAGAAACCUCGACGCAAGCGCAAAGCCAUAGGCAACUGGGGAGGAAGAUUCGAUAUGAGCUAUUACCCGAAGUUGGCUCGAUGAUUCAGAGAUGUCAGACUCUGCUUGACGAAGAGGUCAUCCCAGCCGAGGUCGACGCCGACAGCGGAGAAGCUUGGAAUUCCCUCAAUGCGGACGAUGAUCAAUGGGAUGACCUUAACCAGGAAAUGGCAGAGAUGGAGUACAAACGCGGUGACUUCCUCAAGGACACCCUAUGGCAGUAUGCCAACCUGCUAUCUACCGGUUGUGUUUCUGUCGAUAAGUCCUGCGAGAGGAUACGAGUAGCACUUGAACAGUUCGAACCGAUCAAGGAAACCGACUUGAAACCUAGCGAGGAGAAAAAUGUCGACAUAAAAGCUCCGAGUUCAUUCAUCGACACUUCUCGUCCUAUGCCUGAGCAGACCUCUUCAAAUGCAACAUCUCCGACAGCAGAUGGGACGGAGCACCCCGAUGGGAAGAGACCUUUGCUGUGCUCAUGCUGUCUUCCUCCAAUGCCGGUCCCUGGAGACUUUACUCCGACCAUCGUUCCUCCACCUCGCGCCGUGCCUAUUCCGCCUCCAAGCCAGAUGUUCUACGUGAAGGCCCUAUAUGACUACGUCCCAACCAAUGAUGUAGAGCUCAGCUUCAAAGCAGGCGACGUUAUUUCUGUCACCGCGACGACUGAAGAUGGGUGGUGGGCGGGCGAGCACAUUGACAAAUCCAAGCGGGUGAUCGGGAAGUUCCUCUUCCCCUGCAAUUUCGUCUACAGGAUUCCAGGCCUUAUGGAUGUUGUCCUGACGUCAACCAACCCAACGGCGUCGACGUCAUCCACCGUCAGCGCCGUUAGCGCCGAGUCUAGGGAUAGUUCGACUCUCACCCAGUGGCCUUUGUGCCCACGUCCCACAGCGGCCCAAGAAUUAAAUGGCUCGAAACCAUCACGUCUCCUUCCGCAGGAGCGGAGCCGCGUAAAAUUCUUUGUGAAGACCGAUUUCCCAUUUAUGGGCGUCGACCCACUCGACCUCUCCUUUGAUGCCGGAGACAUCAUCGCCGUCACUGCGACUCCAGAUGACGGGUGGUGGCAUGGCGAACCGGUGAAUGAGAGCAAGCGGGUAGCUGGGAAGUAUGUCUUCCCGAGCAACUUUGUGCACAGGCUGUAG